GACGACUUCAUUCGUUAACAAAGAUUUAUAAGAGAGAAGUAAUCGAAAAUAGAAGAGAGACAACAAAGGAAAAUGGAGAAAGUGGGAGAAGAAGGCAAAGUUCACAUUUUGGUGAUUCCAUUCCCAGACGAACAAGGCCACAUAAACCCCAUCCUCCAAUUCUCCAAACGCCUAGCUUUCAAAGGCCUUAAGGUCACUCUCCUCAACCUCCUCCAUGAAAAAAAUACAACAACUUACCAGCUCAGUUGUUGUUCAUCGUUGAACUCCACUAUUAACGUGCUCGAGAGGCCUCGAGCCCCCUACAACAGCACCGAGCCCGAGUCGAUCGAGUCAUACAUGCACCGUCUGAAGACCUCCAUUUGCUUCCAUUUAAUAAACCUCGUAACGCAAUACCAAAACUCAAAUUUUCCAUUUUCCUUCGUGGUAUACGACUCUCUCAUGCCUUGGGUUUUGGAUCUUGCUAGAGCAUUCGGGCUUCGUGGUGCUCCUUUCUUCACUCAGUCUUGCGCUGUUAUUGCCAUUUUUUACCACAUCAUUCAUGGUUCCUUUAAGAUUAUUCCUCCUGUUGCUGAUCAGACAACAUGUGUGUCAUCGUUGUUGCCUGGAUUGCCACUUGAUCUCCAUGCUUCUGACCUUCCUUCUCUUUUAUUACCUGAUAACAAUAAUCCCCAACAGAAUAAUAAUCCAUUUUUUCUCAAGUUGAUGAUUGACCAAUUACAUGACCUCCCUGAAUUGAUGUUCGUCAACUCCUUCCAUGCCUUGGAAACACAAGUAAUAGAAUAUCUACAAAGCCAGAUGCCACUGAAGAUGGUUGGACCAACAGUUCCAUCCAUACUCAUAAACAAGGAGUUGAUGGACGACGACCAUGAUUACGGAAUGAAUCUAAUCAAUUCAACUGAAGAUGACAACAAGAAAAUCAUGGGGUGGUUAAACUCUAAAGCUCGCAAUUCAGUCAUUUACGUGUCAUUAGGAACCAGAAUAUCAAACCUUGGAGAGGAGCAAAUGGAGGAGCUUGCAUGGGGGCUCAAAGCAACCAACAAACCAUUCCUUUGGGUCAUUAAAGAACCUGAAUUCCCAAAUAGCUUUUUUGAAAAAGAGGUAAAAGAGAUGCAUGGAAUGGUGGUGAAAUGGUGCUGUCAAGUCCUAGUCUUGGGUCACGAAUCAGUGGGGUGUUUUAUGACUCAUUGUGGUUGGAACUCAGUUUUAGAGGCUAUUACUUGUGGGGUUCCAAUGGUAGCGAUGCCACAAUGGGGAGAGCAAAUGACUAAUGCUAAGUUUGUGGAAGAUGUGUGGAAUGUUGGUGUGAGAGUUAGUACUUCAAAGGAAAAUGGGAUGAUUAUUGUUAGAAGAGAAGAAAUAGAGUUGUGUGUUAGGAAAGUGAUGGAGGGAGAGAAGAGUCAUAAGUUGAGACAAAAUGGAAGAAGGUGGAUGAAGUUGGCAAAGGAAGCUGUGAUGAUCAAUGAAAAUGGAACAUCUGAUAAGAACAUCCAUGAUUUUGUGACACAACUCACAAAUCCUCAAGUAUAUUGAUGAUUUUUCCCAUUUUAUUUUCCAAACCCCAUCGCUAUAAUUAGUGUCUAUCAAAUUUGAAACUUCUCUAAUUUUGUAAUUAAUAUAUUACAACAACGUAUUUUGUA